UGUUUACAGAUCCUCUGACAGGAGCUGAUCUUCCUGCUUUAAAAGUUUACUGUCAGUCUGGGAGUCUGCCUUUGAACAUCUCCACUGAAGAGCAGCUGGAGCUCCAACCAAGCGUCCACCACUGAAGUUGUGCUCAGUUAUUAAAGCCAUCUUAUUGAUACUUUUGGUUACAUGGAUAUUGUGGUGUUUUAGAUAUAAAGGCCACAGAUUAGACCAUUUGCUCUAAAAGCUUGGAUCAAAAACCAAAAACAGAAGAUCAUCCCGUGAUAUAACUGAGCAGGCUUCUAUCUGACAGUUAAUUGGAUCUAUGGAGAUGCCAGCAUCUUCUGCCUUGCUUCUCCUGCUAUUUUGUCCUGGGUUGUUUUGUGUAGAUGGACGCAAGGAAUCCGUCAGUUCAGGCUCCUCGAAGGGUGAUGAUGCUAACCAGAAAAGACCAUCUAGAGCUUCAGAGUCUAAAACUAACCGCUGUUCCUACACCUUCAUCGUGCCUCAGCAAAAGCUAACAGGGGCUCUUUGCGUGAGCACCGAGACGGCGCGGGUAAACCGCUCUGAGGUGGCGUCUCUGCGUGCACUGCUGGAGCGGCAGCAAGAUCAGCUGGAUCAGAUGCGCGGGCGUCUGGAGGAGGAAGGUACUCUGGCCAGUGAGAUGAGGAUUCUGCGGAGGGAGAGCGUCAAUAUGAAUGCCCGCAUCGCACAGCUCUACGCCCAACUACUCAGCGAGAUCAUCCAGAAGAAGGAGCAGGCGGAGGAGCAACGGCGGCUCGAGGGGUUGCUGCUUAAUGCUACAUCACAGCUGCUUCAGGCGUCCAGCAAUUACAGAGACCUGGAAAAAAAGUAUGACACACUCGCUUCUCUAGUGAACAACCAGAGCCAGAUAAUCACCCUUCUGGAGAAACAGUGCCAGCUCAAGACUCCCACUAAAGAGCUGCAGGAAGCGACAUCACUUCCGAUUCAACAGUCGAGCGUGUUGGUGAAUAUAAACACAGAGCCUAAAGAUGUCCAAAGAGACCAAAGUGCUCCUUUUCAUCAGGCACACGCUCCUCAAGAACCGCUGGAGACCUUUGAUGAUUCUCCCGGUCCACCAACUGAGACACCCUUCAUCAGUUUUCCCAGCACUAAAUCUCCAGGGCCUUGGCACGACUGUCAUAAUGUGCUGGAAUCAGGAGAGAAAACCAGUGGCAUCUACCUGCUGCGGCCACGCAACACCAACCGUCUGCUGCAGGCCUGGUGUGACCAGAGCAGAGCUCAGGGUGGCUGGACUGUUAUCCAGAGAAGACAGGACGGCUCCGUCAACUUCUUCAGGACCUGGGACCAGUACAAGCAAGGCUUUGGGAAUCUGGAUGGAGAAUACUGGCUGGGUCUGGAGCACCUGUACUGGCUCACUUCUCAAGCCACCUACAAGCUGCAAGUAGCUAUGGAAGACUGGCAAGGACGACAGGUCUAUGCAGAGUAUGACAGCUUUCGGGUGGAACCAGAGAGUGACUGGUAUCGUCUACGGUUAGGCAGCUAUCAAGGCACAGCAGGAGACUCCCUCUCAUGGCACAAUAAUAAAGCGUUCACCACUCUGGACCGUGAUAAGGAUGCCUACACAGGUAACUGUGCUCACUACCAGAAGGGUGGUUGGUGGUACCACAUGUGUGCCCACUCCAACCUGAAUGGUGUGUGGUACAGAGGCGGCCAUUACAGAAGUCGAUAUCAAGAUGGUGUCUACUGGGCAGAGUUCCACGGAGGAUCAUACUCUCUAAAGAAAGUGGCCAUGAUGAUCAAACCUGCAUGAGAUUUACCUAA